AUGGCUAGACGAUUGGAGCGUGUUUUCAACCACACAUUUCCACUGCUGAAUUGGAAACAUCCAGUCAAGGUCAGCGAUCUUGAGGGACUCUGGAGCGAAGACUACGACCCUUUCAAAAGAGAGAACGUCUUCGCCGACGGCCCCAAGACUCGCAGCAUAUUUGCCGAAGCGUUUGCAACAGAGAAUCCUCCAACAGAAUGGAAGAGAAUGAAGGAUUUCUAUCGUCGGACCAAGAUCAAAAAGGCGGUGUCUGUGACUUUGCGAAUCGUCUCACUCCGACGGACGCUGCGAUCUCGACUGAUCUUGCCCGACGGCAGCAUUUCUUUUCCGGCAGCAGACAUAUUGCCCAUGAUCAUCUCUACCGAGGAACUCCAAUUUGACGCCGGCCGGAGAGCGGUCAUUCUAAAGCAUGGUCGUGAGGCUGCGACCAACUCUUUUUCCUUCGGCGGAGACACGCUGGCCAACUUCACAUCCUCCCAGCAGGGGUUAACCCCGUCUGAACGUGAAGACUCUAUAAACAUCAGCGCGUACCGGGAGGGAAUCCUCGUUGCGUUUGAUUCUCGCAAUUUAAAAAUACUCUACUCCAACGUCGAGAACGUCUUUGCUCCUUCAGCGAGCAGCCCAUCAGCCUCAAUGGCAGAGUCAACCUCCACGAUAGCGCUCAAGCUCCCGUCACAAUACUCAUCAGCAACGUCUGACAGCGCAGCCCCUAUCAUCGACUGGCCCUCGCGAACAUGGACCGUUACGCACUCAACCCUCUCCAUUUUCUUUACGAACAUGGACAAUAUUUUCAGCAAAGAGAUCAAUAAAAAUUUGGGAGGCCUUGGCCGCUACUCUGGACUUACCAUGACUGAGAAACAGCAGCAACGGCUCCUCGGACGAGCUUCCAAAGACGACGCACCCACGGCAGGCGUUGAUCAUUUGCAGAGACUACUCAGCUUCGACAAUGACGCUGGCCUCGACUACUUUUUUUUUCCAAGAGCCUGUCUUGAUUCAGAGGUCAUUGCCCCCGCCGGACGACCAGGUUGGCUAACAUGGUUAAUCGCGACGAGCCCAAUCAUGGCUAGAACGGUGGAGCUUUGCCAUCAACAUGUUCACAAGAAUCGAGAGCGAGUCGUCACCUACAGUGACACCGCGUGGAUUCAGUAG